AUGUCACAAGAAUUUGAUGAGACAGCGUCUAUUUCCUCAUCGAAUUACGACAAGUACUUGCGGUUAGCAACGGACAAAAACCCAAGUAUACUCUUGGAGCUUGAUUUGGAUGGCAACGUGAAGCAUGUGAGUAAAGUCUGGAACUCUGUUGUUGGCACUAAUCGAGCACUCAUCUUAAACAAGCCAAUCUCUAAUAUAAUCAUUGGUACCGAAUAUGAUAAAUCUGUUUUCCAGCGGGCUCUUAAUAUGAUGUUGCAAGAUGAUAAUAGUUACCGAGUAAAAUUCCAAACGGAAACAGGAUAUUUGAUGGGUGAUACAGAAAACAUGGGGCUUUCUAGUUCAUCUUCCAGUUCUAUUAAUAACGAAUCGAUAAAUUCGGAUGAUGAUUCCAACCAUAAAGACCAACAUAACUCUUCUAGUGAUCAACAAGCACAACUUCAAGAUAAUAGCAAGAACAAAAUUAACGAAGAUGAUGAAUGGUAUGGAAACGGAGAAAGUAUCGAGUUAGAAGCACAAGGAAUAUUAGUUCACGAUUUAUACACACAAGAACCCUCCCAUACAAUGUGGAUUGUUAAGCCUUUCUACGAUGUCGAUGAAUUGGAUAACCUACCUUAUGAUUUAGUCAAAAGAUUGGGAUUCGGAGCUAAGAUUUUCUCUCAGUACUUGCAGAAAAUCGAGGAUAUGAUGGUCUUGGAUGAAGCAGAUCUUCCGAAUCCUAACUUUGAGCUAUGUAGAGUAUGUGAAACUAUGAUACCUACAUGGUGGUUGGAGACUCAUUCUCAAAUUUGUGUAUGUGAACAUAGGUUGGAAAGCGUGGUACAAUCAGCACAAGAUGAAUUACAGGAACAUAGAGAUCUCCUAGAAUCAAUUAUAACAUCAUUAUCGAAACAGCGGAAUCUCCCGAUAAACGAAUAUAAAGGGCUUCCUUUACCACAAAAUUCUAGCAGGGUUCAAUCACCAAGUCCACUUUUUCAAGACAUUACUGAUUGUUCAGAUACAACGGAUUCACUGGAUUCUACUCCCCCUCCGCCUCCUCAAUGUAACAUUGGCACCAAUUUCAAACCAUUGUACCUAUUAAAAGAUUUGUGCGAUGAGGCCCUUGAAGUCAAUAUUAGUCACCUCAAAACAAUCGACCAAAAUAGUAAAGGUACUGGAUUACUGAAUCCUACGGCAUCUUUUUUCCAGUUUUCCCCCAACACUGAAGCGCAUAUUGAUCAUGUGCUUAACUGGAAUUCUACAUUCGAUGUAAUGGACCCAUCUAUUAAUCUAUUGAUUCAAGAUACUAUAAACUUAUGCAGGCAUAAGGUCGAAACAGUAAUUAGGAUGGAUAACACCCUAAAAUACUCACUAAAAGUUAAGAACGAAGUAGAUUUGUCCAUUUCGCAACUCAUUAAAGAAAGAAUUCACAGUAAUCGUUUGAAUGUGUCCUAUACUCUGGAUAUCACUCCAAAUAAUAUUUCUGGACCCCCUACUACUGAGACGUUGUGCUCUCCACAAGCAGAUAUGAAACUUGCUACUCCACUCCCACAAAGACUUUCAGCUUCAAGUAACCUCUUUUCAGAAUCUUAUAUGGGUACAGAUAUGAUACCUGAACCGCAUACUUUCAAUAACACAACUUCAGAAGCGGCGUUAUCGCAAUCGUACUUUGAAAAUUCAAGGUCCAAUUCAGCACAAUUGUCUAAGUCUGUUACACCUAAACAGACAGUUGCAGAAUCCUCUCAAAAUUCAGACGCGGUUUCAAUGGAAACAGUAUCAGGAGUUUCAACAGGUAGUAGAUCGAACCCUUCCACUCCAAAAUUUUCUCUGAACAAUUAUUUACAUCUUCCUAAACUAACAAGCAGCAUCAGCUUAACUCCUAGAAGAGGAUCGCCUGUGAAUUUUCAUACACCUAAUGCUUCGAUUUCUCAAAGUAACUCCCAGAUUCACCCAACUUUCUUCUCCUCUUCAAAUAUAAUGGGUGCAUUAUCUACCACUAAAUCGGUGAAUGAAAACUCGCCAAUGCUGUCACCUUUUAUUUCUGGUUCUGAAGGACUACCACACUCUGAACAACAACAAAAAGUGACCCCACUAUCCCCACUUCUCCUCCCAACUACAGGAAAAUCUAUAGUACCAUCUAUUAAGGACUAUGAAGUGAUCAAGCCAAUAAGUAAAGGUGCGUACGGAAGCGUCUAUCUCGCAAAAAAGAGAGUCACUGGCGAAUAUUUUGCUAUAAAAGUGCUAAAAAAGUCUGAUAUGAUAGCAAAGAAUCAAGUCACUAAUGUGAAGUCGGAAAGAGCCAUCAUGAUGGUUCAAAGUGAUAAGCCUUAUGUUGCAAAAUUGUAUGCCACUUUCCAAAACAGAGAAAACCUAUUCUUGGUCAUGGAAUACCUUAGUGGAGGGGAUAUGGCCACACUCAUUAAAAUGAUGGGUAAUUUACCUGAAAAGUGGGCGAAACAAUAUAUUUGCGAAGUAAUUGUUGGUGUAGAUGAUAUGCAUCAAAAUGGUAUAAUUCAUCAUGACUUGAAACCAGAUAAUCUUUUAAUCGAUUCCCUUGGACAUAUAAAGUUAACUGACUUUGGUUUGUCAAGAAUGGGUCUUUUGCGCCGUCAUAAGGAAAAGAGAAGAAAUAGUCAACUGCACACUUCUAGAAAGACUAGUGUUCCUUCGGAUGGUUCUUUAUCCCGUAAAAAUUCGUCAACGGACUCAUUGCAUUCUGCGUCUGCUGGUGGCAGUCUUUUUGAAGUUCUGAAAAAAACUGAAAGAUCACACUCCACAUCAAGCUCUCAUUCCCAACCUUUUUCCGCUAUAGCAGAAGCACCUUAUUUGCAAAGAAGUGGUUCUCACGUUUCAUUCACGAUGGCCGGAUUAUCACGUUCGGGAACUCCGCCACUUACCGCGACCUCGAAUUCAAAUGCAGACCAUUCGAUUUUCCCAAACCAACCACAUAACCAUCAUUCAAGGACUAGCUCUAUCCUUUCGGAAGUGGUUCAUGACUCUCCAAAAGAUUUUGCAUUGUUUAACCCCAAUGACUCAAAGAACUUCUUCGGUACACCAGACUAUCUUGCACCUGAAACUAUUCAAGGUAUUGGAGAAAGUGAUACAUGCGAUUGGUGGUCUGUUGGUUGCAUCUUUUUCGAAUUUUUAUUUGGUUAUCCACCCUUCCAUGGAGCGACUGCAGAUGAAGUGUUUGAAAACAUCCUUGCCGGUACAAUAGACUGGCCAGAUUUUCCGGAUCAAGAGACUGAAUUGGAGUAUAUUUCUCCAGAAGCAAAGAAUCUUAUUUUAAAACUUUUGACUCUUGACCCUGAGAAAAGAUUGGGAGCAAACGGAUCAGAAGAGAUUAAGAAACAUCCGUACUUCAAGGAUGUGGAUUGGGAGCACGUAUAUGAGGAACAACCUUCAUUCAUUCCUCAGGUUGAUAACCCUGAAGAUACCGAUUACUUUGAUUUACGAGGAGCCUCGUUACAAGAUUUUGCAUCCUCAAAUUACUCAGAUAACGACCCCGAUGAUUAUACUAUGUUGGAUGGUACAACUGGUGGGAAAAUAAUUGACGCGCAUCUGAAUCGCCGUUUAUCUAACCAUAGUAGUGGUCGCAAUACUCCAAAACAACGUCUGAGUAUCAGUUCUGUACUCGAGAUGGUGAACAACAACAAUAAUAAUCCUGAAUCACCAAUUGCCAACAAUUCACCAACGACUAAGCAUAUGCCCCUGGCUAUUCCACCCCAUAUGAGAGACAGAAGAACCAGCAAGCUAAACGAGUCUGCCUCUCCUGAGUUUGGCUCCUUUAACUACAGAAAUUUAAAUGCGUUGGACAAAGCCAACAAAGAUGCAAUCACAAGACUCAAGUCGGAACAUCUGUCUGAGUUCAUGCACCAAAGAACUUCGAGCUCUUCCAUAUCAAGCUCUUCGUCGGAUAAUUCCGGUAGAUUGAAGCACACAAACACGGGUAGUACGCAGGCGUCUAUUCCAACAUCCUUAAGCAACAGAAGGUCGAAUUCUCCGCUAGUUUUGAAGUUGAAUUCUACCUCUAACUCUUCUCCUAGUAGAAGGAACAGUGUAGACACUAUGAACUCCCAGCAACAACAGUUGCAGCAGCAGCAGCAGCAACCUAUCAUCAGCAAAAGAAACUCCGAUCUUUCACCUUAUCUCGCCGAAGAAUCAACCACAGGCGGUUCUUCAAUAUCCUCACCACUGGCUUCAAAAUAUAAAUCACCUCUGUCCCCGCCAUCAGUCAAUGUGACCCCAAUUGGAUCUUCCAAGACACGCAAAGUGUCGAGAAACAGUCUCAGCUCCUCUACGGAGGAUGAUGAAAGGUUAUCGGCACUAUCGAAAGUCAACUCGGUGCGUGAACUAAGAAGACGCAGCGGUCGCAAGUCGUCAUCCAAUAAGGAGGACAUACAGUACAAAUUGGAUGUUUUGCUUUGCGAACCUAUCCCAAUUCACAGGUACCGUGUAGCCGAGGAUUUGGAAAGCAUUGGCUGUUCAGUCGUUUCUGUUGGGGCAGGAGACGAGAUGGUCCGUCGAGCAACGACAGGGGUGAAGUUCGACCUCAUCAUCACUGCAAUGAAACUGUCAAAAAUUGGAGCAGUCGAUAUAGCCAAGCUAAUCAGACAUACCAAUAGCAUCAACUGCACAACUCCCAUUGUCGCCUUAACAGUAUACUACAAUGAUGCAAAAGAAGCUAAAGUCUUUGACGAGGUCUUGGAAAAACCAGUUAGUGUCCAACAGCUUAGAAAAUUGGUAUCCAAGUACGCGCUGUUGAAGUCCCAAAGUGAAGAAGACACUCUAUUGAGCGACACAGACUUCUGA